AUGACGUCCCGCUUCGCGGAGGCGUUGGCAGAUGAUGAGCUGGUUGAUGUGAAUAUGGACGAAGUCGCAUAUGUUUCCUUCGUUGGUUCUAGCCUGAAAGCUAUAGGAACCCAGAACUUGAAUAGCUGCAUGGCAGUUAUGAUGGCUUCCACGAAGGGUGCCGUUCUUGCACAUAUCGCACCGCGAUCUGGAUUUACAAACGACCCUGACGAUUCUAUCAACCACACCCGAAAUAUGAUGGGAACUUUCCUUCAAAAAUGCCAUCAGGUAUUUUCAAUCGCGGAAAUUAAGCACUCGGUCCUAGUCUAUGCCAAGUUUGACGGACAAAUCGCAAUGCCAGACCAACGGGAUUUUAUCCAUAGUGUCUUCUUGGAGAAUCUGGAAAAUAACCAAUUUCCAAGAGAGUACUCCUACACUGUGCGCGUGGGUGGUCAUUCCAGUCCGGGAAUGGGUACUAUCUUCAUUGAUGGCCGAAAUGGACCGCCAAAGCUCUACGUCGAAGAUGUCGAAAAGCAGCUGCUCGGGCCCUAG